AGUCACCAGAGCUUCUUUAGCCCCUGCAUCCUGCUUUGUUUUGGAUUUGAGAAAAAAAAACAAAUUUUGCUCUGGUAGGAGAAGUCGGCACAGUGGCAGUCAGGGCUUUCCCUGAUUUCAGAACAGGGGUUAAAAAGAACAGUGAGGGAGAGCGGGCAGGAAAGCAACGACAGAAAGAGAAGGGAAGUGGGACUUCUAGCUGGUGCUCAAGCAGAAGGAGAGGCAGUCAGAAGUGAGAACCGAAAGCUACGACUCUUAUCUCAACUCACUCUGUGGAGGAUUGAGUGAGAGAGUUCACUGACAGACAGACAGACAGACAGUUGGCCAGACGCUCUCUCUGCGUUCCACUCCGCUGUGGCGUUUCAUGAGUUGAGGAGAGGGCAGGAAAGAAUGUCAGACAGUUAUUGGUGGAGGAGGAGAGUGUCUGGCUGACUUACUGAGAAGGUAAUGUCAGGUGUUCCUCAGUGAACUACAUGUUAUCUGACUCUGAGGAGAGAAGACACACAGAGACUUCAGAACAGAUUCCGACCACAGAACAGCUUUCUGCCAUUUGCGAAGAUAAAAUCGAAGAAGCACAGAAAGAACUGAAAGAUCCCAAAGCCAGUGCACAGAAAGGGAUCAAUGAGUGUGGUCGAACAAGUGCAGAUAACAUAAAGGGACUGAAGAGGAAAAAGGUUGUGACAGAGAACCAGCUGAAGAAAAUACCCAAAUCUCCUGUGAAGAAGCCCUUACAGUCCAAGACCUCUGUGGCAACACUCCAAGGUACCUCGUCCAAGGAGGCUGUGAACUCCUGCUCCAAUCCCGACAGCCCCUCUCGAAACCCUGCCAGCUCACCAAGCCGGAACAGAGAUACGGAGUACCUUCGGCCUGUUGCUGAAUCCUCUGAGGGAGUGACAUCAUCCAUUGACAGUGAUAGGCUGAAGCAGAGGGAAGUGGCUUCCUCAAAGCCACAGUCUCUUGAUCCGGUCAGUGGUAAAGAGGGGUCUGCCUCUGGUGUUGGGGAAUCUGAGCAGCUCAAGGACCGUAAGAGCAUCGAAACUGGAUGUGAAGGUGACGCUACUUACCACACCAGCGCUCCACUUGAGGUCUUGCUCAAGGCUAUGGAAUCAGAUUUCAGCUCCUUGGCAGAAAGAAACACACAUGUUCCAGUCACAUCUGUUGGAGAACCAAGUCAAACCCUUUCUGCCCAGUUUAUUAGUGAAUUGAAUGCUAUGCCAGCUGUACAUUUUGGACUCCAAACUCAGCCUGGCCAUUUGCAAACUUACUUUGUAAAUAAACAAGAGAGCUACACCACCAUGCAGGCCUCUACCCAGGCUACUGCCUUGCAGAAUUCACAGCAUGCUACACAGUAUUUCAGCAACCGGGAAAAGCCUGUUCUACAAAUGAGCUUCAGUACUGGGCCCUCCGCUGCCCGUACUCAUACACCUAUUCCAUCUGGCUCCAAUUCCUUACCCAAGAGCCAGCCACCGGUGGUCCACACAUGCCAGUCCCUAUCUGCCAGUGUCCCCAGUACCAUUCAAGUCCCUGUUACACCUGGUUACAACCCAGUCCAUAUGGCCACAGUUGUAAACUUUGGUCUUGAACAGAUGUGUAGCAUCUCCCCAAAGCACCAGAAGCCUAAGAAGCAGGGGAAGUAUGUGUGUGAAUACUGCAGUCGGGCAUGUGCAAAGCCUAGUGUGCUCCUCAAGCACAUCAGGUCCCACACAGGAGAACGUCCCUACCCAUGUGUUACAUGUGGCUUCUCAUUCAAGACCAAGAGCAAUCUGUACAAGCAUAAGAAAUCCCAUGCUCACGCAAUAAAACUGGGGCUUGUGGCACGUUCCGACUCCGGAAGUGGGUCCCUCUCUGUGGAGUCUGACAAAGCACCCGGAACACAUUCAGAUGUAGAGGAAAGCGGGGACAGUGAUGAGGAAAGUAGCACAGCGGACCUGGACCCUGACUCGUCACAAGGCAGUGUUGCAGCAUUCUCUGAGAGCAGUUUGCAGAGUGCAGGCACAACACAAGGCAACCAUGUGGAUGCAGGGGACCUAUCGGCUGUUUUCGAAACGCUUAAACCAACGACGAGUCAGAGGAGCUACGAGUCCAAAGGGACAGCUGGCCUCCCGAAAGUAGUCGUCUAUCCUGUUAAUGUCUCGCCUCAGCGGGCGGACAGUCCAAGAGUCGCAGACUGUACCCCUGAGCAGGCUACUGCCCAAAGGCAAAGGGACUUCCAAACGGCACAUCUAAGAUCCAGUAUCACUGUCCUGUCGUCCUUGAAAGAGGUGGAUUGCACAAUCCCCCUGCAGGAUGCAAGAAGUGAGGAUGAGGAUCAACAGUGUAGGUCCCCACCAGGAGGCGGACAUGGUCUGCUUCAAAGGCAGCAGGCCACAGACUUUUCUCAGCAGCAGCAGGGCAAGUGUCUGCUUAGUCCCCGCAGUUUAGGCAGCACAGACUCUGGGUAUUUCUCACGUUCUGAAAGCGCAGACCAGGCCAUGAGUCCCCCGAGUCCCUUUGUAAAGCUAACCCCACCAACAGGCAUGGAUGUCACCAAAAAUGCACUUCCUAAUCUCCCUGCAGUGGUUGCCACUGUUAUGAAUGUGGCUUCCGUGGAGAAGCCACAUGUUGUGCAAGGACAAAUGCGUCCACCAUUAGUAACAAAAGCACUCUCUCUCGAAGAACGGAUCUCAAAGUUAAUAUCAGACAAUGAGGCAGUGGUUGACGACAAACAGCUGGACAGUGUCAAACCAAGAAGGACUUCUCUUUCCAGGAGAGGUAGCAUAGACUCCCCCAAAUCUUAUAUAUUUAAAGACUCUUUUCAGUUUGACCUUAAACCAAUGGCGAGAAGAUCAAGUUCCAGCUCAGACAUACCCAAGUCCCCAUUCACCCCUACAGAAAACUCUAAGCCAGUAUGGCUAUUGUCUGUUCCUAAUCAGUAUCCACCGAUGGACUGUUUACCAAUAACAAGAAGUCAUUCUAUGCCCACAACUCCAGGGCACUCGGGUCUCCCACCAAACGUUACCCAACAACCCCACAUACUACGGAUCUGCCAGUCUUUUGAUGAAAAAAUGAGUUCCUUAAACGAUGAUGUGUUUUCAUCUGCUCCCUCUACCCCAAAUCCAGCAAUACAUUCUCGUACCCUUGUACGGCAAGUAGCAGUGGAACAUUUCUCCACAAGUGAGGUCCUUACAUCAGUCCGUUCCAUGGAUGAAGGUUACCAUGGUUCUAGCGUUUCCACUGUGACAAUGCAAAAGAGCAGGUCUUUUGAGCAUGCACAAGACCCAAACCGAAAGCCUCAGCAGAGCAAAGGCACAAUGUAUGAGUGUGAGACCUGUCGUAACCGGUACCGAAAACUAGAAAACUUUGAAAAUCACAAGAAAUUCUAUUGUUCAGAACUUCAUGGUCCGAAAAACAAGCUGAUGUCUGUCAGAGAGACUGAGCUGGAUGUUUUUCAGCGUGGCAUGCAGCAGCCAUUAGUCCCCAGAACAACAGGUAUUUCAGGCAUAAUGGACCAACAGCAAUCAAUUAGAAAAAGAAGGAAAAUGAAGAGUGUUGGUGACGAUGAUGACCAAUCACCAACUGACACCAAUCCCCCAUGCUCUGUUAGUUUUGAUUCUUGCCAACUAUCAACAGCCAGUUCAGGUCGGACAUUUUCUCAGCACUCUAUCAUGGUUGAUCUACUGCCUAAAAGCAACCCACCACAAAUACCUCAAAUACAGCUAAUAGCAGGAGUUACAGAUGCAACAGAAUCAAGACUGUCACCGAUCAGAGAAACCCAGGUUAACACCUCUGGUAAAGAAAGAGGCGACCUACAGAGGCAAGGCAGCGGUACAUCAGUUAUCAGACAUACCAACUCUCUGAGCAGGCCCAAUUCAUUUGAGAUCUCUGAAUCUAUUGACAGAGCCUCUCCAGUUGAUUUCCUGGACAAAGAUGGCCAUAGCACAGGAAAAACUAAGGCAGAUGCUACAGCCAAUCUUUCAUUAGAGAGCUAUCAUGAAAAGAUGUCCAUACCUAAAUGUGCCAACCAGGGAGGGAUGGAAAACCGUGUUGACUGCACAUUAGCAGCAGUGGCUGAGAGCUGCGCUGCUGUCCAGCAGUCUCGCCUGGUUCGCCAAAACAACAUUCCUGAAAUCCUGGUCACAGAGGAACCUGAUCGGGAGCAUGACGGUCAUAGCACUGAGCAAGGGGAAAAGGCUGCAGAUACAUUCAACUGGCCCCAGAGGAGCGAGAGCCUGUCUAAGCUACCCACAGAGAAGCUUCCACCCAAGAAGAAGAGAAUCCGUCUGGCUCAGAUGGAGCACUCCUCUGGAGAAUCCAGCUUCGAGUCCUCACUGUCUCGAAGCCUCAGCAGGGACAGUAGCCUGUCAAGAUGUUCCAGCGUAUCAGCCUCCUUCGACUGGGACGAGCCAUUCAGGUCUGAGAGCCCCUCCAGAGGAGAAUGUGCCAACAAAAUCUGUGAGCUUCAAGGGCUACCAAUAGCCUUCAACACCCUAGGGGUCCCUGGCAUGAUGAGACGUGCUGCCUCAGAACAGAUCAGUUGCACUCAACCCUCAGUGGAGAUAUCUUGCGACUAUCGCAGCAAGUCCUUCGACUGUGGCAGUGGGUCUCCCAGCAGGUCUCUGCCACCCAACAGGUCAAUGUCACCAAUGGAACUGCGAAAGAGUGCUCAAACCUCCUCGUCUCCACAUGUACCUCUCAUUGAAAGGCGAAGGGGGCCACUGGUUCGCCAGAUGUCUUUAAAGAUUGGGCCGGAGAGUCCGCAACAUGUCGGGAAUCAUGCCAUCGCUGUCCAGAGGCUCCCCACUGUAAUCUCUAUAUCUCAGCAGAGGCCUCAACAGAUGCAACAGACUGCCAACAAUCCUCCCAUUGCCCAACCUUUUAUUUUGCAUUCUGGAGAAACUCUCCUGCAGCACAAUGAAAAAAUGGUGCAAAGCAUUAACCUGGGCAGCCAAAGUCAACUGCCUCAAGUUCAUGGUCUUCCACACCCUUGGCACCUAACAUCGAGAGUUCAUACAUGCCAAAAUCGCCAGCAAUCUGCAGUUAAUGUCAUGAUCAGCCAAGAAGAUGCUCAGAGCAAGUCUGCUGACUGUCAAGACAAGAAAAGCUUUGUACCCAAGUACCAACUGCGGUGUCCUGCUCUGAGAUCAAGCAAAACAUACUCUUCCACACAGGGUACUCAGACAACCAUGCCCGUCUUAACAAUACCCAUUGCCAACCGGAUGCAAAGUGUGUCAAAGUCUUCAGAUGUUCUCCACAAUGUCUAUGUGGCACAACCCUGUCAUCAGAUUGUAGGGAAUAAGACACAGUCGAUAGUAUUGCCUUUAGGCCUACAAAACAUCCGACCUUCUCAAAACCAGCCAAGUGCGCCCCAAUUGCCACAGAUCCUGAUAACCCAUGAGCUGAUGCACCCUUCCCCCUCUGUGGCCAGUAAAGGCAGCCUCUACAACCUUCAUGUUGUAGAUACGGACACAAAGACUGUACCAGAUAUGAACAAGGACAGGCCUCCAGCAUCUGCUGGCCUUCAAGUAAAACACAGUUUAGUUUCCAAUACCCAGAACCAUUUUGGUGAAACUCACAUAGCUCCCUCCCUGGGCUCCUUACACUGCACCCAGAAAAUGGCAGCUGUGACCCUCUGUCCACAACAGGAGCCCAUUGCCUCAAGCAAGAGAAUGCUCUCCCCUGCCAAUAGCUUGGACAUUGCCAUGGAAAAACAUCAGAAGCGAGCAAAGGAUGAACAUGGUGCGGCAUGCCUCACUGACGGCAGGUCCGUCAACUACCUGAACUCCAACAUGGCAGAGGUGACUAGGCAACGGAAGCUAAUGCUAGUCCGGCAGGUGUGCGCCACUGAAUCAGCAGACAGUCCCAUUGAAACUAUGGCUCCCCCACUGCAACACAAGAAACCAGAGGAUGAAAAGAAUGCCCAGACUCCUAAUAACCGCAAGACUAUGACACCUGAAAGCACCGGACAGGAUGAACCAUCUACUGUAGUUGCUCAAUUACAGCCAAGCUUUGCAUUAACCACCUCUCUAGGAAGUCACGUCUCCUCCGUGCCAGCGAACGACUGCCUGAAGCCUCAAGACAAGAGCGAGGAACAGAAAUUGCCCCCUGCCAAGUCUCCCAUUAGACCCUCGACUUUCCAUGGACAGGUGAAACUGGCCUCAUCUGUAUCUGUGGUCAACACACGAGACAGCCACCGCCUGACUUUCCCCAGCCUGAAAACUACCACCACCUUCACCUGGUGUUACCUGAUGAAGAGGAAGCCUCUGCAUGUUCCCCAGAUGGACCAGAAGAUCUCGGCCUACUCCACCUGGGCAGUGAGCCCCAACAACCCCCACCCACUGGGUCUGCCCACCAAGGUGGUGAUGUCUCUCUUCAACUCCAAGCAGAACUCAAAGAAAAUACACUACACAGAGGCCAUAACGACAAGUAUGAAAUCAGACAUCUUGGCAUAUUCAAGCAAGCUGAAAGACGUCAUGCCUAAGGUCCUAAAGCAUCAGAAGUCUCUAACAACUGAGAAUAACAGCAAAGUGAAACCUGAGACUCAGGUGAGCAGUGAAUCAGACAAGGAUUCUUCUGCAUCCAAACUAGAGCCACGGAGAGUCAAGAUAUUUGAUGGAGGAUUCAAAUCUAACGAAGAGUAUGUGUACGUGCGUGGGCGGGGUCGUGGUAAAUACAUCUGUGAGGAGUGUGGGAUCCGUUGCAAGAAGCCCAGCAUGCUCCGUAAACACAUCCGCACCCACUCUGACGUACGGCCCUAUCACUGCACCCACUGCAACUUCUCCUUCAAGACUAAAGCCUCCACUCUUCUGGGAAAGGCUUUCCACUUGAUGUUGGAACAUCGCUGGCGGGGGACUGGCUUCCAUUCAUACACCAGAGCAUUCGUGAAGUCAGGGAAUCUGACCAAGCAUAUGAAGUCCAAGGCACACAGUAAGAAGUGUAUGGAGAUGGGUGUGGAGGACCAGGAUACAGAAGACUCGGGAGACCGUAGCCAGGUGGGCAGUACAGACCGCCCAGAUUCAGACGGAGAGGACUCCGAAGGUGCUGAUGAUGACAACGAAGAUGAUAAUGAGGAAGAGGAGGAUGACAGCCAGGCUGAGUCGGGCCUGUCCACCAACCCCUCUGUCUCAGCCAGCCCCCAGCACAUCCCCUCCUCCCUCCAGGCUGAGCUCCCUCCCAGCUCCCUUCUGGCCCAGUUGUCCAUCCACCACCACCCAGCUGCCCUGUCACUCCCCCAGCCCCCUUACUCCGACUGCCACACCCACGAUGCCUCAUAUACAGAAUCCGUGCCCAUGCUGAGCCCCGUCUCCCUGGUCAAACAGAUGUCAAUCUCCGGAGGCUGCUCCAGCCCCUUGCCCUACUCCCCGCCCCCCCACACAUCUGGCACAGAGUCGGUGCCCAUGAUGAGCCCUGUCUCGCCGUGCAGGCAGAUGUCCAUCGAUUACCCUGACUUUGACGUGCCCCCUUGUCCCCCCGCACAGGGCAAGAGCUGCUUCAAGCUCGGCCAGGAUGGCACUUCAGUGAGUGACCCAGGUGUCCCUGUCGGGACAGAUGUCAGCACUCAGACCUCUUCCUAUAGCCUCCAGACAUCUUCCUACAGCCCCUUGCACUUUCCUUCCCAGCACCCGACCCAAGAACCAGGGGCCACACAGGGGACCAACACCCACCUCUUCAGCCACUUGCCUCUGCACUCCCAGCAGCCCUCACACUUCCCCUACAGCAUGGUCCCCAUGAGGGGCAUCCAGCUGGUUCCCGCUAGCCUGGCAGCCUAUUCCACCUUCGUGCCCAUCCAGGCUGGCCCUGUCCAGCUCACCAUCCCCGCCUUGAGCGUCAUCCACCGGAACACCAGCCCCCUCCCAUUCCCCAACACCUCUAACUCCCCUGAGCCCGAUGGUAUGGUUAGUCCCUCAUCCCCCGUCAACCAGCCUCUGGUGGUCCAGGAGCCAAUCAGUAGUAUCAUGCCCUGCUUCCCCCUUGGGCAGGUGGCUGGGCUGGGGCAGGUGGCUGGGCUGGGACAGGUGACUGGGCUGGGGCAGGUGACUGGGCUGGGGCAGGUGACUGGGCUGGAGCAGGUGACUGGGCUGGGGCAGGUGACUGGGCUGGGGCAGGUGACUGGGCUGGGGCAGAUGACUGGGCUGGGGAAGGUGACUGGGCUGGGGCAGGUGGCUGGUCUACCGGCCCUCAGGGCCUCCCACCACACGCUGCAGUCCAUGGGUCUGGAGACUCUGACCCUGACCAGCUCAGAAGGCCUGACCUCCACCCAGCUGCUAUCCCAACAUGGCCUGUCGCUCAAUGCCACCUUGGGCCUGCAGGUCCUGGCUCACACCUCCACCUCCCAGAGCAGGACAGUCCCCCACCACCACCCCCACAUCCCCGGCCUGCAGAUCCUCAACAUCGCCGUUCCCACCCUCAUCCCCUCCCUCAGCCCCCUCUCCGGCCUCAGUCCCCUCGCCGGACCCUUUGAGAGGCAGGGCAGCCCCGAUGCCCCAGCAGCCCCACGGACCCCACAGCCCUCCUCUCAGACUGAAACCGAACCCUCAGUCAGCUGUCUGUCUGCUGCUUCCCCUCCCACCGCCACCCUGAGGGGAAGUCUCGCCCAGGAAUUGGCAUCAUCAUGCAGCAGGUCCAGCAGAUCAGGGCCAGGGGGUUCCGGAGGUUCCAGAGGCUCCGAUGACACACAGACUUCAGAAAAGAAAGAGAGGGUAACAACAUCGCUAGCACAGCCCGCCCCAGCCUCAGCUCCAGCUCCAGCCCCAGCUCCAGCUCCAGCCCCAGCUCCAGCCCCAGCUCCAGCCCCUGACAGGGGCCUGGAGGGGGAUAAGAAUCCUCCAGCAGAGGGAGCCAGUGAGCCUGUCACGCCUCGGAGGCAGUCGAUGCUCUCACGACAGCAGGAAACGGAAAACUACAAUGAUGACUCAGCAUCCAGCGAUGAUGAGGACAGACUGGUCAUCGCCACCUGAAACCCCCCAACCGAAUAGCCUAGUUAAAACCAGACUGAAUGCUGAGUUUACAAUGGUGAUCGCAAUGUUAAAUCUGGUUAACCAGGCUACUUAUCAAUGUUCUUAUUUUGUAAUGGUUGUCACUUUCUAAGACUGAAAACACUUCUGGGUGGGUUUGUUUCUCUGCAAAUCACCAUUCAAAGCACAGUUUCUGACAUUCAUAUUGUUAUGUGCAAUCAAUAGAUGCUUAUGUUAAUGAUCUUUUAACUUCUUUGUCAGCUCCAGACAAAUUUUUUGUUGUUGUACAUGUUGUAUAGACAAUUGUGCCUUUUUCGUAGUGGCUUGUUUUAGGAACCUGUAAAUAAUACCUUACAAAUUCAGUAGUUGCUUGUGUUUUAUUUCAAUGAAAUGGAACUAAAUAGAAGAAAAUGUACCUUACCGGUUUUAUUUUGGAAAGUUUUAAUGUCAAUUGUAAAUUUAUGAGAAAAAAAAAAUGCAUGUGUUAUACUUGGACAUUUCUAUGGAUUUUGGGGCAUUGUUUCUGUGUACAGACGGUGUGUUCAACUAUUUAUUACAGUAUAUUCCAUGUAGUGCCCAUGAUGGUUCAGGUCCAUAGGUGUAAUAUGGUAACUUUUCAUUGCAGUAUCACUAUUAUCAACUGUAUCAGUAAAACUUUGUUUACAAACAUA